AUGAAUCGUGUGCUGUUUUUUCUUCUCUUGGUGCUGAGCGUUGUUUGUGUGGGUGCUGUGGCUGCAGCAGAUGGUGGUAUUCCUGGAGAGGAUGGUCCUGGAGAGCCUGCUGCUCGUGGUGAAGUUCCUCUUGCUAAUGAGAAGGCAAGGGCAGGUUUGGAAACCACAGGAGUUAAUGAUCGUGAACUUGGUAGAAGCGACUCUCUUGAUGGUGUUCCUGAAGGUGGUUUGGAUCCUAAGGGCCCAGUGGUGGAUUUAAAAGGACCUAAGGUGAAGCUGGAGGAGCAAGAAGGGGAC